AUGUCAUCAAGCUUGAUAACACUUAAUAUCACAUAUCCACCCGAUUCAACGCUAAUGAUAGAUGGAUUUCUCUCAAAUGGAAUUUAUUAUGUUAUUGAAAAUAGCAUAGGCACUUUAACUUGCAAAACCACCGGAGGAAAUCCUAAGCCUUCAUUGUCAUGGACUAGAUGUUUUGAUUAUGAAAUUUAUACUUGUUCUAGCAGCUUCUCUACAACAGAAAAUCCUCCGACAGUACCAAUACUAACGUAUGGUUCAUUAAAUGUGUCAGGACAUAUAAAUAUAAUACAAAACGAAGAACUGUUGUUGGAUUGUAGUAGCAAUAGUAAACCACCUCCAACUUAUCAAUGGAAAGCAAAACACAUACAAGUGACUUUCAAUAAAACAUUGCAAAUUCUAGAGACGGAAAAAAUGCAUGAAGGAAAUUAUACAUGUUUUGUUACAAAUACAAUGAACGCAACCGAAAGACAACAAAAUGGUUCUAAUAGAAGCACUGUUGAAGUCCAUGUUCUUUAUCCGCCUACAAUCAACACAUUAGAAAACCUGACAUUGGUAGAAGGAGAUCAUCUUAACUUUUCAUGUUCGGUUACUCAUGGAAACCCAAAGAAAACGGUAUUUUUAUGGACAUCUGAGAGGCACAUGACCUGGUCAAGUCAAUAUUUAACAAUACGUAACAUUUCAAGGGAUGACGACAUGAAUUACAACUGCAGUGUUUACAACAUUAUGACACCAACUGGAAAAUCACCUGUUAAAGGAACAGAUAGUAAAAUGAUUCAUCUAUCUGUACAGUACUCUGCGACAAUAAAGGAUUUUUACGUGAAUGGAUACAAAUCUGUGCGUAAUGUGACAGCAACUGAAUAUGACAACGUUACCUUUAUUUGCAACAUUGACAGUAAACCAAUUUCGAAUACAAGUCUACGAUUAACGACGGACAAAACUUUGGUUUGGACAUAUUCAAAUGUGCUGAGUUUUACACUUGGCUCUGCCAAAUGUAUAGAUUCUGGAACUUAUUUUUGUUUUGGCAAAAAUGAACACAACAUCGGGGUCGGUUCAACAAAGCAACUAAAUUUAUUCAUUAGAUGUUCACCAAGAGCCAAUCCAAUGGUUCCAUACACAAAAAACUUUACAUCAGCAAGAAAUGUUACUGUCGUUUUAUUUUUCCCUGCCCUUGCCUACCCUAAACCAGAUAGUGUUAUUUGGCAGAAAUACUCAAUGUCUAAUUGGAUCAGUCUUUCAUCAAACAGCAAUAUCAAUAUAUCAAAUAAUGCGCUAAAUGUUAGUGUAUCUAUAUACACAAUGAUGGAGACAGACUUCGGGCGAUAUAGGCUUAUUAUUACGAAUGUUGUUGGUUCAUACGUACAAGACUACUAUAUCAACGCUGAAGGUAGGUUUUAA